AUGGCGUCGCGAGAUCUGGUUGGGCGCCCGCUGGUGCCGUUCUUCGACAGCGACGAGAACGUGAACGACUCGCUGCAACUCGGCGACGACGAGAGGGAGGAGAUGGACGUCGACGCGCGCGUCUGGGAUAAAGAGCUGGGGUACUUCGUGUACCCCUCGGAGCAGCAGACAGCAGUUUCUCAGCCCGUGGCAAUUGCCGCGACAAAUCGGGAAUCGAGGACGAACAGCGGCAGUAAAUUGCUGCUCACUCCGACCAUGAUGUUGUCCAGCAGUGGGCCGGAACACUUCAACUCUAUGGCUGCCAACGGGAACCCCGUGCAAGCCAACACAGACAACACCCCCACGCGCAGUAGCUCGGCAAAGCGGGGAUCAAAGCAGAAAAGUCGGUCUAAUACCCCCGGGCGGCGACGGAAGGACAAAGAUGGAAGCGACGAUGCGUCUAAAGACAACGCGCCUACGUCGAAGAAGGGCAAGAACAAAGGUACCAAUGCAAACAGCAAUGGAGCUCAGUCUGGCAACAACAGCAGCAACCAGCAAUCGCGCAAUGGUAAGCAGAAGGAGCAAUUGUCAGCUUCAGGAAAGUGGGCUUGGUCGGCGUUCCAGUCAUCACCAGAUCCCGCUCAGCUCCCGAUGCCGCUGUUCAUUACGAAGCCGAGUGGGGGCUUGAGCAAUGGCAAUGCUGCACAAGCAUCAUCAGCGCCCCCACUCCCACCAACGCCACCACCGCCGGCUCAGCACGCGAGUAUUCCGGUUGCACCGCCGCUUCCUCCGGGACCACCUCCAUCGCAACCUCCGCUGCCGACAGGGCCACCACCGGAAAUGGCAGCUUCAGCUCCGAUGUCUAUUGAACUAUCCAUGACUCAAGAUCUUCGGAGGAUGCUGAACAUCGGAGGAGGGUAA